CGCCUCAUUUGUGCCGGAAGUUGCGUGCCACAACCGGAAAUAGUGGAGAGGGGAGCUAAGGGCUUGAGUGCAGCAAGUUGAGCGAGGCGCUGCAGCGAGGAAACAGUGCAAGGGCAAAUGACUGAGGAGAAUAUUAAUGGGCCAGAGUCCAGUGCUGCACUGGAGGAGGACACCUGUAUAAAGAUUUCAGGACCUGAUGUUCAUUCAUCGAACACUGUUACAGCUGGUGCUGCAUGUUGUUCUGCCUCUGAAGAAGAAUCCUGUUCCACAGUAUUUAAAGCUGGGUCAUCUAAACAAGAUACUGUGCAUCAUCUCCAGGAGGCAGUAUUGCUAAAGGCAGAAGGGAAUUCCUACUAUAAAGUGGGUCAAUAUAGGGAUGCCAUUGGACGGUACCAUCGGGCAUUAUUGCUGCUAAGGAGUCUGGACCCAGAUACAACAACAUCUGUUCAGAAUUUUGGAACACAAAAGGUUAGACUGAAUAAUGAUCAGCUUGUUCUUUUGAGGAACACACAGGUGGACUGCUACAACAAUUUAGCUGCUUGUCUCCUGCAGAGGCAUCCAGUAAAUUAUGAACGGGUCAAAGAGUACAGCCUCCGUGUAUUACACAGGCAGCCUAGAAAUGUGAAAGCAUUAUAUCGUGCUGGAGUUGCCUUGCUUGAGCUAGGAGAUCCAGAGACAUCUCUGCAGUACCUUGGCCAGGCUUGUCAGCUGCAGCCUAAUGAUACAAAUGUGAAAAAAUAUAUUCAAGUGGCAGAAGAACAGCUGCAUAAAUACUAUGAAAAAGAGAAGGCGUUGUACAGAGGGAUGUUUGGAUAACAAAUAUGGCGCACCAAAGAGGUAUGAGCAGUAGAAGAUGCCUUAAUAAAAAAGUGAGACCACUGCAGAAUUAAAGCAUGUCUUACCGAAAGAAGGACCAAGAAAAAUGACAAAAAUGGUGAACUGACUGUUGUGUAUAUAGCCCUUUUCCCCUAUCAUUGCUGUUUUAUUUUAUUGUUAUUUUGGUGAUUUUAAAUAUCAAUAGUAAAUGUAACCUUAAUGGGUCAGUCUUGGCAAACAUGACUGUCAAAAGAACUAAUUCUUGGAUGAAGGGGGUUUGGUUUGUGAGAUGUCUGGACAAAGAAUGCAAGCAUAAAAUGCCAACACAUCAUAUUUAUUCUUUGCUAUGUUUUCAGUGUUAAUCUUGAAGUAAAAUUAUUUUUUGUACAUUACUUUAUCUCCUGUGUUUUUUAUGCAAUUAAAGAAGUACAGUUUCUUACCUGUAUCUAUUUGUUCAUCAUCCAGUGCCUGAAAACUUGAAAACCUUACUAUGGCAAAGUAAUUUUAAAAUUUGAGGGAAUUAAAAAAAAGAAA